CCAACCAUGUAUUAAAAGAGAAGUUGGAUAAAAUAUUUUCUAAAGCACUUUCUAUAAUGAUGAGAGAAUUUAAGGAUUCUCAGCUGAGGUCAGCAUUAAUCAUAAUUGCAGGGAAACUGCCUCCUAAAUUAGUACCAUAUCUCAGCCACCAGUGUCUAUCUAAACUACAGAAAUUAAAUGAUACAGAUUCCGUAAAGGAAGACUUUUCAGCACUAAUUCAGACGACUUGUUCUUGGGGGCAGAUGAAAGGUUUACUUGACUUAAUUCAAGAGUGGCUGACAGAUGGCAUGAAGACAAAAUUAAAUUCCUCCUUAAAUUCUAAACAAUCUAAAAGAAAUCAACAGGUACGAUUUCGAGAAGAAGUAAUUCCAAAACCUAUUCUGGCUUUGAAAUUCUUGCUAUUUGUUAUAGAGCAGCCGAAUUGCCGUGCGCUUCUCCUCAAUAAAUAUCAGUCAAAUAUUAUUGGUAUCCUGGAGCAACUCAAAUUUGUGCUGAAUUUAUUAGAACAACGCUUGACUGUUGGCUUGAAAAGGUUGCAAUGUGCAGAUGAUACUUUCUUGCAAGCAGCAUAUUAUCUUUAUAUUCGAAUAAAUCUCUUGCUUUAUGUUGGGGUUCACUCUGAAAAUGAUGAAGGAAUUAUUGUCAGUUUGGAAGAAAUAAUGAAGCAGUUUUGUACAUGGGCACAAAAUAUAAUUGUACCUAUCUUCAAUAAUCAAAAUUCAAGUGAAAAAGCAAUCAGAAAAAGACGUUCCUCAGAUAGCAAAGAAAAUAGCAUUACAUUGUCUUGUAAUUUACUUGAGCACCUUUUUACUUUGACCCACACAUAUCUACUGAUGUUUAAAAUAAAUGAAACUCAGUAUUAUCUUCUUAGUGAACUGUUCCACUGCUGUUUUACUAAUGUGCAUAGUCUUAAACUGCUUCCAAUCAUCAUCAAAUGCCUGAUUCAAAUUAUAUCUGUCAACUUAUCUGCAAAUCAUGAUAUUCAACAAGCAAUACAUGAAUCAUUUAAGUUCUUAUUGGAAACUCUUGUAACAUUGGCUACAAGUAAGUCUGACACGAAUACACUAACCCUGAUUUUGAAUUCUUCAAGGUUACACAUGUCAAAUCUUCUAUCAACAAUCUAUGAAUUUUCUACUCACAGAGGAACAAUGUUAAGUUGCUUCUUUCAGACUAUUUUAACUGCAAUUCUUUCAGAACUUUCUUUUGCUAGUGAGCAGAAUGACAUCAAUGAAGUGCCUUCAAAUUUCCAGGAUAUAAAGCUUGUAUCACUAUGGCUACUGAAUAUUAUUUUUAAAAAACCUUUUUUAAUAAGGUAUUUUUUAAAGGAACUUCAUACAUUUACCCAAUCAAAACCAGAUAAAUUUAAAAACUACCAUCAAUUUUACAGUCUUUUAUAUCUGCUUAAUACAUUAAAUUACAGUCCUAAAUGCUUCAAAUCUGAAAUGAAAGAUCUUUGGUUAUAUAUCAAGCAAUCUGACUUUUUCCCUUCACAGACAGCUCUUGAUGCUGAGGAUGAUAUAAGUGUAAAGUUAUCCAUCAAAGGGAAUAUAACUAGUCUAAAUAUGAAACUAUGUGACCCAGCUGAAUGAACAUUGAAUGGUUUUUAUGAUUUUGAUUUUGCAAUAUAAAUGAUACAAUCUAUGUGUAAAACUAUUAAAAACACAAAAGAUGUUGAUAAUUAAUGAAUAUAUUUGGUGGAUUUUAAUCAUUUCAUAUUCGAAACUUUCCUCACACAUAAAACAGUCAUCGCUUGUACACACUGUGUCCUAAUAUGUGAGUGAGUUAAGUAAUUGGACUAAUCUGCAUUAUGAUAUUCAGCUUAGAGUUGGAAAGAUGUUACUCUUAGGUAUAUUUAUCAAUAGUCAGAAAUAUUAACAUAUAUUCAGUAUCAUAAAAUUAGAAAUGAAUUAUACAUUUGUACAUACAUAUAUAUAUACAUAUGUAUGUGUAGUUUUGAAUUUGAUUUUCAUGAAAAGGGAUUCUUUAUGGUAAAUAUUUCUAUGUUGGCCUUACAUUGAGAUGAUAUAUGCAAUCUAAUUUGUUAAAAGUGAUUACAACAUACAAUAAUUUUUGAAAAUUUCAGACUUCAGAAUCAAUAUAUUUCUUGUCAAAAACAAAAUACAAACUUUUGAAAUCAUAAUUUGUGUCAAAAAUAACACUUGAUUGGUAAUGUUUACAAACUAAAGUUUAAUUUUUGAUGAUAUCCAAAUGCUGAAAUAUUGAAUUGAAAGCAUAAAUACACAAAUACACACACACACAUAUGCACACACAGAAUACAUGCAUUCAUACACACACACACUCACACAUAUAGAGGUUAGUGUGAUUCACUUUAAGAUAAUUACUGGACCCACAACUCAUCCACUGAUUUCUUUGAUAUGACCAUUGGCUUUUCUGACCCAGCCCAAGCUACUGACCUAGUUGGCCUAUUUCUUCAUUCCCAAAUUAAACACUUCCCCAACUUCUCCAGAAGGCUCUACAGAGAUGAAACAUUCCUUACAGUGACUGGUUUAUCUUGAUCUGUUGAAUGCACCAAGAAAGCCCUCCAUAAACUCUUUAAAAUUAUAAGCUAAGUAUCUCAUUUGAAAACCAGUAAAGUGUCCAAUUUCUUAGACAUUACUCUGGACUUAAAUACAAAUCUAUAUCACCCUUUCCAUUAACUCAUUCGAUCAUUACAGUAUACCAAUGUCCUAUCCAAUCACCCUACACUUACCCUUAAUGGUAUAGUCAAAGGUAUUUCUAUUAGAAUCUGCAACUUAUUUGCUAAUUAAGACCUUUUUAACAAUCAUGCCCCAUAUUAUAAUCAAGCUCUCCAGAUUAGUGGUUUCUUAAAAAGUUCUCUUAUAUCCCCAACACUAAAAACAAAAAUUUCACAUCUCUUCCCCAGUACUAACCCCAGAUCCACUGCGCUUUCUUUCACUCAACAACAAUCCAUCAACCCUUAAAAAAAACCCUAUGCAUUGUACUCGACAGCUCCAUUACCAUCUCAAAGCUAUAAUGACUACAAGCCUUCCUAUCUACCAUGUAUGCAUGAACUCUUUUUCCAAUCCAAAUUCUAAAUUAUCUACCUCCUUAACAACAUAUAUACACAACCUCAAAUCCCAAAAUGUUCCCUAUACACUAUCCUGGUCCAUUGUAAGUGAGACCCCUCCCCAUACAACACUAACUUCGGCAUUGUGUUUAAGAGAAUCACUAACCAUUCUUCACAACCACAACCCCUCAUUACUCAAUAGAUUCUCAGAUGUAAUACUCUUUUAUAAACAAGAUUCUACUCAUCAUUUGCCCAUUUUAUUAAAUCUAUGUAAUCCCCUACCAUUAUCCUUUAUUAUAAUUAAGCUUGGGGUACAGCUAGGUCAACCUAGCAACUUACUGCCUCCGCUAAUACAACCCAGUCUACUAAAUUAUUCUAUCUCCUGAUUACCUUUGCACAUUCCUCUUACCCACCACAUCUCGCCUCCCUCACAGCCUCCCCAUCAUCACAAAUUGUAUUCUUUCUCUCUUCUCUCAUAUCUCCUCUUCAACCCAAAGCACUUACAACUACCCCACUCUCUUAGCUACUAACCUAUCAACCUCUCCCUCCCUCUUUUCAAUUUCAUAUAUCUCUGCAUACCUCAGUACUCCCCCUCCACCAUCAAGCCAUCUACAUUAUAAUACUACCUCUAUCUUCUCUCAUACCUUAGUAAUUUCCCUUCACCACCAAACUAAUUUCUCUCUUCAAAUCCCCCAUUUAGCCACCCUAUAACCAUCUAUAAAUUAGAUACUUUCCCUCCCUCAAAUAAUUAUCAUUCCUUUUCUCUCUAUCUCAACUUCCCAUAGUACUAUAAUUAUUAUCCUUAAACUUUGACACCUAUUCACAAACCCAACACAACUAAUCACCCCUUGAUUACUUCCUCUCUCACCUCUCUCACUCAUCUCCCAACUCUUCACCUCUACUACUACCUCCCUAAUACCCUCAUUCUUAACACCCCUCCCUCUUCCUUAACUAGCUCCUUUAUUUCCUCUUACCCUUUUCUAUCUCAACACUCCCCAUAACCCCACUGAGCCUUCUACUUCAUCGCUCCAAUACUGCUUGCUCUACAUAUUUGAUCAUUCUACCUUUAAACUUCUCUGCAUUGAGAUCUGAAAUGUAAGAUCUUUUCUACCUUGAUGAUGGAGGCUCAAUUUAUUCAAUAUUGAUUGCUUCCAUUACAGCCUGCUUAUUGUGAUGAACUGCAUCUACCAACAUUAUGAUGGUCUCCAAGCCCCCAGAAACAGCUGUUGGACUUAUAACACCCUACUUUUUCCCCUUUAAUUUUUUCUGUAAUUUGUACUCUGUCAUAUAAAUAUCUAUGUAUUUAUACUUAAAUAAUCAUUGUUUGAAACUC